AUGGCGGAUGGAAGAGAGGUUGCGGUGUUGAGCCCUGGGGUUGGGGAUGAAGUCAAGCCGUACAAGAUUCAUGUUUCGGGCAAAUAUCUCGAUCUUACGCGCCAGAAGUUGGAACUCACUCGGCUGCCGCAUGAGAACUCGAUCGCAAGAUCCCAUGAUUCCUGGGAGCCCAAGCCUGCCGUCGAGGCCGUGAUCGACUACUGGCUCGAUAGGUUUUCAUGGCGUGACCAGGAAGAAAAGUUUAACACGCUGCCCCAGUUCCGAACCGCCAUAUCGACCGAUUCAGCACUGCAGGCGCCCCAGCGCAUCCACUUUCUGCACUUUCGCUCGCCGCAUCAAGGCGCUGUUCCGCUGCUACUCAUUCCGCCAUUUCCGUUCACCAACUUGUCUGUGGCCCAUCUGGGCGAGUCACUCGCGAACCCUCUUCCUGCCGAUGGUGACGACGCAGAAGCCAGGGCAACAAAGCCCAUAGCCUUUCACGUCGUGAUCCCCUCGGUCCCGGGUCUUGGAUUCAGCGAUGCACUACCCAGCAACGCUGGCGCUGUCCCAGCCACUGUUGAGAUGUUGGACCGUCUUAUGCGCCGCCUCGAGUAUUCCCACUAUCUCGCGAGCGGCACCUCCUCAGGCGUAUCGUCGCCUGCCCGUAUUGACUGGCUAAUCCUGGAGCGCCUGGCCUUGGAGUACGCGACUUCGUGUCUGGGCGUCCACAUGAUUAGCCCACCCCUACAAGCGCCCAACAUCACCGAAUCGCCUGUUGAGUUUGCCAAAUGGAGCGUCGCCAGCCUUUUCAGCGCACCCAUCCUCGGCUACACCGCCGAAGAUUUCACCGCCCUAGCUGCCUCCUCGACCGCCCGAACCAAGGUGACAAUCCUCGAGGAUGCCCAGACAGAAACCCCCGUGCGGACCAGGCCCUCAAGGCUGACCAAGCAGCGGUCCUGCGGCCAAUGCGGAGGUGCUUGCAGAUACGGCUCUCACCACGAGCACCUGGGCCAGAUUGGGCUCAACUCCCUCGCGCCGCCUCAGGAUGCCAACACGCUCGCCUACGCACUCUGCGACAGCCCGACAGGACUCCUUGUCUACAUUCUCAAGAUCUUGCGUCUCCUGGCCGGCCCUGGCGGGGGGCCGUCGCGGACAUCUACUGCUGACAAGAAGACGACGACGACGACGCCGUCGUCAACAGUUGCAGGGCUGACAAACGACGACAUCGUCACACUGGUGAAUCUGGCAUGGCUGCCUGGAGCCGAGUAUGCGCUGCGCUUUUGGUCUCAGGCCGCAGCGCGGGGCGAGACCGAAGCCAAUGGGAUGCGCAAAAUGAGAAAUGGCGGCGGGAAGAGGCCCAGGGUGGCCGUCACCGUCUUCCUUGGUGGGAGGAACGAGCCGAACACGACUGACGGGCAAGGAUCUGGGACUGGCAGGAAUACCGGGGAGGAUGUCGCUGCUGGCGCUUUCAAUGAGCAAGACGGAGUAAGAUUAGGAGCAGAGAGGGAAGAUCCGGAGCAAUCGCCCAACAACGACCAUGCGCCUCUUGCAGAACUCCCAGAGCUUCCUGCGGGAAGCAGAGCUGCUCCAGAGCCGUACGUCUGUCCGGCCUGGGGUAAUACACGCUUCGAGGUGAUGUUUGGCCAGCGCGUGUCUGGAAAGCCCGGUUUGCUCGCCUGGGAGAGACCUCAAGUCAUCUUGAAUGGUAUCCGUGAGCUGGCUCAGGCAGUUGUGAAAAUCGACAAACGCCUUACAGCUACUCAGCCGCAGAUAGCACGGUUGGAAUCUGUGAUUGUGGACGACGGCAGCAGGAACGACGGACAACGGGAGCAUCCGACCAAUGCAACUGGGCAGCCGUCAUAUUCUGCUGCGGCGCAGAACACGAGAGAAACCGGACAGUCUACGACAGCAGAAGUAGCAGCAGCAGCUCAUGCUCCCUCGUCCCCCAGACCAUCGUCAUCAAGGUCCAACAAAGGCAAAGGCCCGGAAAUGAACGAAACGGACAAAACCACGACGACACCACCGCUACCACAGAAGCCCGACCCGGCGAGGCUAUCGAGCAUAGACUCCUCGCCCCGGGAACUCAUCGUGGGCCUUGCGCGGAUUCCAGAGGUGGAGGAUGACGAUCUGCUGAAGCCCCCGCCACUGCCGCGCGGCGACACCUUGUCCGCGGACGAGUCUAGCCCCGACACGCUUGUCGUGGCGACCCCGCCGCUCGGGGGAACACCACCCGCCGUCACCAGCCCGCUUCCGCAACCGAUUAAGAGACCCCAGUCGGCGGGCAACCACGGCUCAGAUGACAACGACGACCCACAGCCAAUAAGUCCGCCUCCGAGGAGCGAGAGGCGGGUGUCGAUGAAUCCCGACAGGCCGACGACGUCAGGCGAUAGCGGUGGACAAACACAAAACUGA